AUGCUGAAAAGUCUUCAAUCCCUCAUGGAUCCAGUCACUGAGACCACUGAUCUCAUGCGACAUUGGGAGGAGGAACAUAGAGAGGAAGGUUAUAAUCCUGUGCCCACCCUUUCUCGCCUUGCAGAAAUCAUUGAGAAGGAAACUUAUGUGUACCUGAAAACAGAUCAAGAUCCAUUUGAUGAUCGGCAUCCUUCAAGAGCAGAUCCAAACUGCACACUUGGACAUGUGCUUAAAGCUGUGUUCAAGAAGGAGAGCUUUAUGAAUAGCCUCAUCACAGAUUACCUAUUUUGGGGCCAUGGGGCUUCAGAUGGUGGAAAUUUAGAAGUAAGAACGGUGUCAGCCCGGCUAGUGGUAGACAUCCUGCCAGGACUGGAAACAUCUGUGGUCUUCCAUGACAAUGAUGCCCUCAUUACUGAGCUUUAUAAUUGGGCAGAGAAAGCUGAAGAACCACUUCGAACUUAUGCAACUGGCCUCCUUGGGGCCAUCAUGGAAGUGCAAGACAUUGCUGUGAAUUUCAGAGAGCGAAAUUCAUCUCUUGUGCCUGUGAUGCUUAAGAGACUGAAAGAUUUGAGAGAAGAGUUUAUUUCACAUCACAAAGAGGAGGAAGUUAGUAUGAAUAUGAAACGCCCAUUUGCCCAUUUAGGGGGCAGCUGCAAUUCAGAUAUAACAUCUCCCCCUAAGAAACGUCUGAAAACAGUGAAGGAAUCACUUUCAGAAGUCCUCCAGAGUUCACCCACAAAGCUUGAGAAAGAUCUCUCUUCCACUCAAAGCAAGACUUGGCUUCCUAAAUCACCAAAAGGUCUGAAUGAUUGCAGUAAUUCUUCAUGGGCAGAAAUGGAACCACACAUAUUUGGCACUUACAGCAUUCAUCCUCUGUCCCUGUCUACGAAGCAGCAAAUGAUUCUAAAAUAUCUCACUCCUCUUGGUGAGUAUCAUGAAAUGUAUGGGUGUGUUGUGACCCAUGAUGCUGCAUCUUUGAUAAUGUCAUACAUUGAUUUUAGUAAUCCGUGCACUGAUGCAAGAUUGGCUUUUGAGGCAUGUCGUUUCCUUGCUGCUCUCCUAUGUCACAAAAAGUUUGCCCUUGAUUUCAUUGCAUCAGGUUAUCUGGAAAAACUGCCUCAAGUGCCAAGACCCUCCAUAGCAGCAACUGGGGUGUCUAUGUGUUUGUAUUAUUUGGCUUGCUGUGAAGAUGCUAUGGAAAGGGUGUGUUUGCUGCCUCCAAGUAUCCUUUGGGAUCUUGUUUGCUAUGGACUGUGGCUAUUAGAGUGCUGUCAUGAGUCAGGCAUUGGUCAUGCUAUCCUGUUCUUUGGAGCAUGUUUUCGUUUCAAAGCCAUACUAGAAUAUUUUGAUCAGCAGGAUGGUCUGCGUAAACUCUACAAUGUCAUCAGCACUCUGAACAUUCUUUCCUUGGAUGGCACUGAGGACAUGAGUGAGGAUGUAGAAUUUGCAUCUCGACAGGCAGUGCGGCAUGUAUGUGGUGCUCUUAAGCAGUAUUUUGAGGCUCAUUUAGCAAUUUUUGCUGAUGAGCUGCAAGGACAUUCACGCUCCCAAGAGCGUGAACCAGGCUGCUCUAUGAAACCAUCCAAAGUUGUCGUUGAGAAUCUGAGAGAGCAGAUCCAGUUGGUGAUAGAGCUGAAUGGCCCACGUAGAAGAAUGAAGCCUGUGAUAGAAAUCCAUAAAUUGGGAGGUGUGACACUUCUGCUGCGUAUAGUGGGAUUGUCCUUUGAUUGGAACUAUUCUGGCCGUGCUGAGACUGUUCGCUCUGCCCUUGAUGUUCUUGCUGUUUGUGCCAUCAUGCCAAAAACUCAAGAAAUUUUUUGUGAAAAGGUUGAGCUUCCAGAUGAGGCAAAUGCUGUGGGCAUGGGUAUCAUUCUUAGUGCUGCUGAGGGUGAGAUAGUAGCAGAUGCAGAAGUGCAGAAAGCCGCCCUGAAUGUGAUCAUAACGUGUGUCUGUGCCCCCAUGAUGUCCAUCAUAGGUAAUCUGGGUUACUAUUCAGCAGCCACGUCUACCAUCAAAAAGCACCCUGUCAUGAAGCAGGGAACUCUACUCAACCGCAUAUGGGAAUGUGUUCGUGCAAACAAUGGUAUCAUGGGUCUGAUGGGCCUAAUGCUUGUGAAAGCUCCCAUCACUGAUGCUGAUUCAAUUAGAGCCUUGGCUUGCCAUGCACUAGCUGGUUUAUGUAGAAGUGAGAGUGUUAAGCAAGUGGUAGGAAAGCUGCCCCUCUUCUCAACUGGCCAGCUUCAGAUUUUAAUGAGGGAACCUAUUUUGCAAGAGAAACGUCAAGAACAUGUGAAAUUCUGUAAGCAUGCUUUGGAGCUGCUUGAGUUAUUGGCAGGUGGUAAGAGGAAAAUGAGUGGCAAUGAACAUGAAAUCUCCCUUCAGACCAUUCACAAGGCUGAUGUUGUGGCCCAAACUCGAAUUCGAUACAAUGAGAAGCAGUUGUUGCACCUUAUCCAUCAUCACCUACUGUUGAAAGGUUAUCAUGAGGCUGCAGCAAUGGUGCAGCGGGAAGCCAGUCUUCCUUCUGUGCGGAUGACUCACACUAUUCCCAAGCCUCCUCCACCUCCACAUGGCCUAACUCGAGCACGACAGUCAUCUUAUGGGAUUCAGUCUUCAAUUCUCAGUCCUCGACCAGUUGUACAUGGUCCUAGUUCCAGCAUUCCUCUGUCUUCUCCCAUACGUCUCACUCUGACAAAUACUAGGGAGAGGUCAAAUUCUGGCCAUUCAUUCCCCGGAUUACAUUCUGUUCGGUCACUGCAGAAGAAUUUUGGUUAUGAAAGUCCUAUCAGCAGCAAAAUGAGCUUGCAUGAACGGCAAGAAGGGAGCACUUUUGUAUCAGGUCAAGAAGUUGUGACACUAGAUAGCAUAGUAACAGAGUAUCUGAUGAACCAGCAUGCUUUGUGCAAGAAUCCCAUGGUCACAUGUCCAGAAUUCGAUCUCUUUAUCCCACACCGGUGUCCUGGCCCAAAGUUAGCACGCAGUGCACCUCUCAAUCUCACAGCUCGAAUUGCUCGAAAAUCCAUUUUCCCAGUUCAUGGUGGAUGUGAUGGUGCAGCCCUUACUAGGAAGUUGAUAUACUCCCGCUUUCGUCCCUUGGUGACUUACCGCUGUGAGGAGGAAGCAAGGAGACACUUCACAUGUUGUCAUUUCACACCUUGUGAGCAGUUCAUUAUUGCAGGUAAUGAGCGAGGAGAUCUUAAGCUCUUCAACAUUGCCACAGGCACAGAAGAAGCCACUUACCCUUGCCAUGAUUCUGGAAUCAUCCAUGUUGAACCAAACAAGUCUGGGAAUCUCUAUUUGACAUCUUCCCAGUGGAGGCGACCCUUAUCAUCAGUGUGGUCAGUAGGGGAAUUUUUUGAACUCAAGUUCUCCUUGGAUGAUCAAGAAUAUGCUGAGUUUAGUAAGCUCACAGAAGAUCAUAUAGUGGGUACAAAAGGAGAAACUGCUCAAAUUUUUAGUGUUGCUACUGGGCAGAAGGUAACAUCAUUUGUCCCCAAUCCUGGCAUGAGCAACCAUUAUAUAAAGAAUAAGGCUACAUUCCAUCCAUCUGAUGAAUUGAUUUUGUGUGAUGGUGUUCUCUGGGAUGUCAACAGUGGGAAAUUAGUGCACAAAUUUGAUAAGUUCAAUCAAUCCAUCAAUGGUGUCUUUCAUCCUAAUGGACGUGAAGUCAUCUCCAAUACAGAAGUGUGGGAUGUGAGGACUUUCCGCCUCCUUAGGACUGUACCAGCUCUGAAUCAGUGUGAAUUGACAUUUCUGCAUAAUGGGGAUGUUUUCUUUGGGAUUUCUCUGGAACGGGCUUCUGAGAACUUUGAUGCCCUGGAGACUUCAUUUAGGUCUUUUGAUGCUCGUGACUAUACCACCCUCGCAACCAUUGAUGUGAAAAAAUCUAUUUAUUGCUUGGCAGUGGAUUAUCGGGAUCUCACCAUUGCCCUUGUGGAGAACACACGGGAAUUGUCUGAUGUUUCUGAUAGUGUGGUGCGAACAUUUGAGAUAGGAAUGACCCGUGAUGAAGAUGUUGGGGAAGAUGAAGAUGAUGAGGAUGGUGGGGUUUCUGAUGACCAGAGUGAACCUUCUGAUGAUGGUUCUGGGUCUCUAGAGGAUGAGAUGAUUGAAUGGUUGCAAAAUGAAUUUCCUGACUUACCAAGUUCCCAGAAUAACAAUGAAGAAAUUGAUGAGGUGGAUAGGGUCAGCUUAUCAGGCACUUCAGAUACAUCAGAUCCAAGCUUUGGAGGCUCUGACUUAGUUGAAAGUUCUUCUUCAUCAAAUUCUGUGGUGAGUGAAGACUCUGGUUCAUUGAGUGAUGCACUGAUUGAAGGUGAUGAUCUGGAAGCAUAUGAACUUGAGAGUACUGCCAGUUCUGAAUACUAA